CGUUUCUGUUGCUCAUCAUUUCUCGCUGGUGCCUUUGCGAGUCACGUUGCAGGUCGCGGGGUCCGUGGUUGAAGUUCGGUUUCUUUGCGCGAGUUGGUUCCGUGUGCGGGAGAGAGUUCGUCGCGCCGUAUUCGUUCAAGUUGUUUCCUAGCAAAAAGGGAUUCGCUGCACCUGAAGGUAUCGUGUCGUCGUCGAGAGACCGGCCGGGAAGCUUUUUCCAGUUGGAACUUGAUUCUCCAGCAUCUACUUUUUAGUUUGUGUUGGUGAGCGAUCAAGGUGCUGAUCAAGUGAAGAAAUCUCUGCGCGUUGAUGAAGAGGCUGCUGCACGGAAACUUGAGCUGAGAUGAGGUGAAGAAGAAGAAGAAGCAGCGUCUCUGUGGGGUGGUCAUUACGUGGUAACCUCGGCGUGUAACACCCGCUAGAGGAAUCUACGUCGAGUUGAGUUGGUUGAUGAAGAUGCACUUGGUGAAAGAGGAGAAGUGAAUCCAAAGAGACAACACACCACAACAAAAGUAGCGUUUAAUUGCUCACCGAGAAAAAGUUGAAUUUUGAAAGUUUUUUUUUUCUCGAAGACCUGGGCGACCUGUGUGUGUUAUUCAAGCAAAAUUUGGGUGUAAUUUUGGUGGCUGAAAAUUGGUGGAGAAAACAGCAGCAGCAGCAGCAGCAGUGAAUGAGCGAAUGAUGAUCCAAUGUGAUUUGAGAUUGAGAGUGUAGGUGGAGAAAAAUUGUCGAUGCCGCCGUCGAGAUAUCCAAUGUGUGUUUGCGGUGAUAACUGCUGAAUGUUGAAUGUUAUUUUGGAUGGUGGACGUGUGAUUUUUGAAGGAAGAUUGGAGCUGUACUAAGUUUGGAAAGCUGAUUUGGGGAGUUGGUUUCGAGAGCGAAUUGUUUGGACAACAACAACUUUAAUCGGAGUCAUCGGAAUCAGGCAGCAUCUAGAUUGGCAAGAGCAGAUUUGCAGAAAGAUUAUUUGAUCAGACCUCGAUGCGCCGGAACCGUUCGAUUACGCCACACCCAGGUCAUCCCGUGGACCGUGGACAUCUCAGCCGUCACCCAGAUGCGGAGUGGCACGCGAUCGAGCGCGCGAAAAAAAAGUGCCUAACUGUAAAUUUGUGUGUAGCUUUCUUCGUCUUCUUCUUCGCUGGGUGGAGAUCGCUUGACCGUUUGGUGUGUCAAAAAAAAGAAGCAAAAUAACAAACAAAAAUAAACUCGCGGAGACGUUACUUGAAGGCGAAGAAAAUAUUAACGAGAUGAUUUAUUCGUUUCUUUUCUCUCUUUUCUUGACUCUUUCUUCCAUUUUUUUCUAUGCUGCGGUUGGACCUGCGAGGAGUGUUCCGUACCAUAGACCGAUAUUCCUUUUUGCGUUACCUUUAGCAUUGUAAACAUUGAGUGAAUGACAUUCACGCAGCAAGAUGAUCGAAUCUAAAGGUGAUUCUGUCAAACGAAGCGGUUUUUGUCUGGAAUAUCCGUCUAUGUCGGAGCAUUUUCAGAGGAGUCGCGACGCGACGUCGUCAACGAAAUCCGAAAGUUGAAUAUUAAGUUUUUUUUUCUUGCGUUAUUAUGCCUGUUAUUUGGUUGUAUACUUUUGUUUGAUUGUUUUCGAGGGUGGGGGCCAUUUCGCGAAUUUGUGGAACCACUUUCUCGGAUCUCUUUUAUUUGGCUUCUGUUUCUGUUUCUGUCCAUUUUCGGCUCGGUUGUUUCCUGAAGAGGCAAUACGGCGAUCGUUUAUGUCAUUUAGUGUUAAUUGUUUUGACAUUCGUUGAUUUUGAUUUUGUGUUCCGUCUGGGGGUGGAUGAUCGCAGUGGUGAUGCAGGACGUUCCGGACGAGGUAAUUGCUGGAUGGAACGUGCUAAUUACUUUGUUCUCGUUUUCUUGCAGCUGACCUUUGGCCGAUCUAACCUUUGCUUUCAGCUAUUGUUUACUAAAAUGUGCCAGUUUGCCCCAGUCCAUAUUGAAAUUUGCCCAUAGAUGUGCUCUUCAUGGCGGUGCUAAUUCUUGGUUUCGUUUUUUUUUCCACACCGGGCCUGCGGGACUCUCAGGUUUGGUUCUCGAACAGGCGCGCAAAAUGGCGCCGCGAGGAGAAGUUGCGUUCGCAGAAGCGGCUGAUCAACCAGGUCGGCUCGAACGGGUCCCAGCCGGGAAUGGCCUCUACUAUAUGUUCGCCGUCAGCAACGAAGAUCUACAACUCGGAGUACGACAACCCGUACGCGGCGGCCGCAGCCGCUGCCCAGCCUACGUCGGACUGCUACAGUUCUAUAUCGAAUUCGGUCGGGCUGAUGUCCGGCCAGCCGCCACGUGACAACUACCAGUACUUGCUGUCCGACUCGCUUCAUUCGCUGAGCAUGCCUUACUCGUUCCAUCACCGGCUACCCUGCAGUUCGCCCUCCAGCGUGCAACCCAUGGAUCUGAACACCCACUCGGCGGCGUCGGCAGCUGCGGCCGCUGCAGCCGCCUCGGCGUACAGCCAGUCGAUCAGCAUGACGGACCUUUCCCAGAUGACGCCGUCGAGUGCGGCGGCGGUGGCUGCCGCAGGACUGCCACCGCCGCCACGCCAUCUACCGAUCAUAACCAGCUCGAUCGCCGCCAAUCCGUCGGCCGGCAACAGCGAUCUGGACUCCGGAAGCGGCGCCGGGCACUACAUUACGAGGCUUGAAUAGUCAUUAAGUCAGCCGCUGCCGUUGACCCAUCCACAUCAUCCCCAUCACCACCUUCACCAGCACCAACUCCAGCAACAGCAGCAGCAGCAGAUGACCCCACCCAACUCUAUCUCGGGCCCGCCGGCCGCCCAUCAAUCGCUAGCUCCGAUAGAGUUGACAGCCCACCAGCCGCCACCGAGCGAUAUGGAAGGAUGAUGAUGAGACUGAGACGCAGAUGGCUCUAGUUCGGCCGUAGACGCGAGUAUUCAGCUGUCAAACCGCCGCAGCGUUAGCAGUCUAGAAUAUCGGUCUAUGCGCUAACGCUCUAGUUCAGCAACAUAAAAACCCUCUCGACUGACGGUUGUUUCGUGAAUUGUGAUAUUGUAAUACGUUAAUUAGCACACAUUUUAAUAAAUAAAAGAAUAAAAGCAACAAUAUACCGAAGACAUAACGAUAGAAGGCAGAUGUUGAACCGUGAAUAAAAGGGCGGAUUGUAAAUCCGCCCGAUGUCCCUACACACACACAGUCACACAUAGUGUAGCAGUAGCACCAUAAAAAUGUAUGGUUUUAAGGCGCGAGUUAUAGAUAGACCCCAGAGUUACGAGGUUUGCAAACGGAAUCACACGAACAUAGUUGUAGACUUUAUUAUAAUUGAUGGAAUACGAUUGAUUUAAAAGAAUACAGCUGCAUGCUCGCCUAUGCAAGAAAAUAAACAAAAAACAAGAUGAAAUAAUAAUCAAACUCUAUGUAUAUGUACUAGCAAACAAACAAAACAAGUUAAUUCAACAAACUGUGUAAGAAACUACUCUUGUAAAACGGAGAAAACCGGAAACGAAUUUUGACAAAUAAAGAAAUAUGCCAACGCGCGAAAGCGCGAAAAAGAAA